GUCCCGGUGUGUGCAGGGGAGCUCCUCGCCAGCGGUCCGCAGGGCUGGAGACCCACGCCGUGGAGAGGACCAACCUCAGGUGGCCCCGCCUGGGCCCGCGCCCCGACCUCGCUGCCCCCGCCUAGCCUCUCUGCCCGUAGCGCAGACCGCCGCCUUGGCCUCGGGGGUAGGGCAUGGGCGGCCCCCGCCAGAUCUCCCGGCGCCUGUACUAACUGACCUGGCUCUGGCCUUCGAGCCCGAAGCCUCUUCUGCACGCACAACGUAGGCAGUAAUCCUGAAACCAGCGGGCACCACAGACCAGCUGCAGCCACCCCAACCCAGGGAUCACUUCCGGACCCCUCGACCGCCCGGCACCAGCGCGCACGGUGCCCUUCAGCCGGCGACCAGAGUCCAGUCCCAGUCGCGAGGCCACCGCCGCUGCCCGCCUCGAGCUGCACCACGCGGGCUGAGCCGUCGGCGAGCGGGUCACUCCCGAGCUUCUGUCUGCACCGCGCCAGACCCAGACAACGGACGCCGAGCCUCCAGCGCGCGCCAGCCUGGGCCGCCUCUCCGGGCCAGCCUGUGAGGAUCCCCUGAGCUCUCCGCAGAGGGGCCGAGCGUCGGUUCCGGAGACCCCAGGCCCGCCCCCGCCCCACGACAACUGUAGGGAUCCAGAGCCCGGGGGUGCGGGACGGCCGCGCCAUGACGGCCGAGAGCGGGCCGCCGCCGCCGCCGCAGCCGGAGGUGCUGGCUGCCGUGAAGGAAGAGCGCGGCCAGACGGCGGCAGGGGCCGGGGUCCCAGGGGAGGCCGCGGGCCGCGGGGCGGGCGGGCGGCGCCGCAAGCGCCCCCUGCAGCGCGGGAAGCCGCCCUACAGCUACAUUGCGCUCAUUGCCAUGGCCAUCGCGCACGCGCCCGAGCGCCGCCUCACGCUGGGCGGCAUCUACAAGUUCAUCACCGAGCGCUUCCCCUUCUACCGCGACAACCCCAAAAAGUGGCAGAAUAGCAUCCGCCACAACCUCACGCUCAACGACUGCUUCCUCAAGAUCCCGCGCGAGGCCGGUCGCCCGGGUAAGGGCAACUACUGGGCGCUCGACCCCAACGCGGAGGACAUGUUCGAGAGCGGCAGCUUCCUGCGCCGCCGCAAGCGCUUCAAGCGCUCUGACCUCUCCACCUACCCGGCCUACAUGCACGACGCGGCGGCCGCCGCAGCAGCCGCCGCCGCUGCCGCCGCAGCCGCCAUCUUCCCGGGCGCAGUGCCCGCCGCGCGCCCGCCCUACCCGGGCGCCGUCUAUGCAGGCUACGCACCGCCGUCGCUGGCGGCGCCGCCUCCAGUCUACUACCCCGCGGCGUCGCCCGGCCCUUGCCGCGUCUUCGGCCUGGUUCCUGAGCGGCCGCUCAGUCCAGAGCUGGGGCCCGCACCGUCGGGGUCGGGCGGCUCUUGCGCCUUUGCCUCCGCAGGCGCCUCUGCUACCACCACCGGCUACCAGCCCGCCGGCUGCACCGGAGCCCGGCCGGCCAACCCCUCGGCCUAUGCGGCUGCCUACGCGGGCCCCGACGGCGCGUACCCGCAGGGCGCCGGCAGUACGAUCUUUGCCGCUGCUGGCCGCCUGGCGGGACCCGCUUCACCCUCCGCGGGCGGCAGCAGUGGCAGCGUGGAAACCGCGGUGGACUUCUACGGGCGCACGUCGCCCGGCCAGUUCGGAGCGCUGGCGCCGUGCUACAACCCUGGAGGGCAGCUCGGAGGGGCCAGUGCAGGCGCCUACCAUGCUCGCCAUGCUGCCGCCUAUCCCGGUGGCAUAGAUCGGUUCGUGUCUGCCAUGUGAGCCGAGCGUAGAGAUGAAAACUCAAGACACGUCGGCUGUUCACACUUUCCCCACAACCUGAGAACAGGAAUGGAGAGAGGACUCAAUUGGGACCCAAGUGGAAAAGACUGAGCAGGCCACAGAGGCUCGGGUCUCCCCGCGCACAGCGUAGGCACCCGGUGUACUCUGUAAAUGGAAGGAGGUGGGGCGAGGCAGCCAGAGCCCUUGGACUGGCACAGGGACCCUCGAUGGAGCGAAGCCCCCAAAGGGGAUGCUUUCUGGCAUUCCAUCGGAGAGGGUCCUUGGCGGUAACCAGAGGGCAGCGUAGUGUCAACACCAGAGACCAGGAUCCAAAUUGUGGGGAAUCAGUUUCUGCCUUCCAUGUGCUGCGGGAAACUCGGGCCUUUUUACGCGGUUCGGCCUCUAGUGCUUUUAACUGCGUUACUACAUUAAAAGGCUCCGGCAGCCAGCGCCUUUCUUCUUAAAGCGAGGACAAAUUUGCAAAAGAAGUAGCCUUCUUCUUUUUUAAAUGGGAGAAAUCUCUGCUCUGGUUGACCUGGGCUGGUUUUCCCUGUCUCUGAGAACUUGAGACCUUGCUCCGAGUUGAACUGUGUCUCAGCGCUCCAGUCCCAUCACCUGAACCUUCAGUCUCCCCCAUCUGUUACACGAGAGGGCUACAGGACUCUACCCACCGCUCCCGGGUUGUCAUUCAGGGCCCCAUCAUCUUGGAUGCUGCCCUGUGUAUUUGGCAGCAAUGGUGGACCACCCAGGGCCUCUGAGUAGCCACCCAAAGCUUAGCCGCUGUUCUAGGGAACGGAAAAGAGCUCAUGGCCAAGCAUCUAACCUAAAGUCCCAGGAUUGGCUCCAGGCAGCAAUUAUAUCAUAACUUAUUGAACUUUUGAGCAGGUUGUGCUGGCAAUUUCAUAGCUGUUACUGCCCAGUCAUAAAUCUGGUUUUCCAUUAUAAGGCAGCUAGAAAUACAUUCGUUCAUUUGUCCACUGUUUCUUGUCAUCACGCAGCCCUGGACCCAAUGGGUGAACUAAAGUUUAAGGAGAUGAGAGGACUCAGGGAGCCGGCUGGUGACACCUUUCAGUAGCUGGGGAGGGCUCUUCCAUCCUCAACACCCCCUGCUACACCUCAGUAGCCUCCCCAUGCAAAAAGAAAAGAGAAAAAUUAAGUUGGGGCAGUCAGUAAAGCGAGCUUUAGAAAGAAACUGGAAUUUUAACUUCAUUUUGUAUCUUGUUUAAGUAGUAGGCUCACUAAAAUCAGAGAAAGUCCAAUAACUCUCCCUCUUUCCCUUGAGAAAUCUUUAAGUUUCGAUUCUGGAGCAAAAAUUUUCAACAUUAAAUAUUUCACAGGCUCCAUUCACAGCUUUCAGAUAAACUGGAGUGUUCAGAUGGAUUGUUUUAAUAAAAAUGUUUGAGCAAGUGAGUUCUAGCAAGAGAAACUCAGCCUCUUUCUGUAUAAACUUAAUAAGGAAGGGUCGGGGUGUGAAAAAGAAGAUUGUAUGAAAAACAUUGGUAAUUUUUAUUUUUUAUUUUUGGGACUGCACUAUCCUGUUCAUGAAGACAUGUGAACUUGGUUCAGUCCAAAUGGGGAUUUGUAUAAAUCAGUGAUCUCCAUUAGAAAUACGGUGCAAGCCACAUAUGUAAUUUUAAAUUUUCUAGUAGCCACAUUAAUAAAGCAAAAAGAAACAGGUGAGGUUAAUUUGAAUGAUAUACUUAACCCAACAUAGCAAAAAAUUAUGAUUUCAACAUAUAAUCAACAUAAACAUUGAUAAAAAUUGAGAUGUUUUACUCUCUUUUCACAUGAAAGCUUUACAAUUUGGAGUGUUUUACACUUACAGCUUCUCUAAAUUUGGACUAGUCACCUGCCAGGUGUUCAGUAGCAACACUGUAUUGCACAGUGCGGGUCUAGGUGCUGGCCCUUCCUGGCUUUGGUGGUGGUACCUGGAAGCACUUGAGUGCUGACCCUGCCACGCCUGGGCCCAAAUUCCAGACCCAGCCUUGUGACCUUGGAAGAGUGCAGGUAUUGGGCCGCCCUCCUCUUCCUAUGAACUUUUGCAGGUAUGGAGUUCAAGGGUUCUCCACCAUGCAGCUAUACAAGCUGGCUGUCCCAGGUGCAGAGGUCAGGAUGACUUGCCUGGUUGGGAAGCAUGGGAAAGUAAGAGUCCUCCACCCAGGAGUUUUGUUCUGGGCUGUGGAAGAGCCCAGGCGAGGGACUGGGGCUGAAGAAGGCUGGUUUUUGCACCUAGUUAGUGCUACAGUUGAGCCUUUCUCUGUUUCCUAAUUAGCAAGUGCAGUGUUUUGACAGCACCAUUAAUCUUAAGCCAGUCCCUUCUUCUCUCGGGUCGUCAUUUGUGAAAUGGGAAUUUGUGACUGCUACCUCAGAUAAUUUUCCUGAAGUUAAACGAGAGGAGAGGUGAAAAGUGCUUUGUAAACUGUAAAGCGCAGGGCAUAGCAGGGUCGAAAGGCUUUAAAUAAGCGCUGCCUUCUAACAGAGCCUUCUGGAGUGUCGCGAUAAAGCCCCGGGAAGGAGAAAGACAGGGUGGGAAAGAGCGGGCGUUUUCGUCCCCCAUUCUACUUGUCAACUUGGGAGACAGGUAAGAUUGUGCCAAAGGCGAGGGUCAGCACCAGAAGAGAGAGGACGCUGCGGGGAGGGACCUGGGUGUGUGCUUCAGGAACCCCAAGGGACACGGAGACGCGCGAGGGUUGGGAUCAAGGCAUUGAAGACAGAGUGACAGCCCUUCUCGGCCUCCCGCCUAGACACCUAGAGCUCGCGCACUGCCCAGGCGGGCUGGGAAUGGGCGCCGCGCAGAGGAGCGAGUACCUUGGAGACAGUGCGCCCCGCCAGGGGCCUCACCCACAGCGGGGUCGCGGGCGGCCCCCUUAACCCGCGUGGCUGUGGGAUCCUGAGAACAUUCCGCUGUAUGUCUUGAAACUUUCUAACCCUAGGAAUUUGCAAACCUCUCCCAGUCCCUCAUCUAGGGGCUCAGAGACUGGAGGUGCCUUUCUUUUUUAUUUUUUUCUUCUUUAUUUUAUGAACACAGAAAAAUCGUUUGUCCCUCUCCGGGCCCUGCACCAGCCAGCGUCGUGUGCAGGCGCCCCCGGGCCGUGGAUAAUUAGACGCGUUCUUCCCUAAUUGCCCAAGGCUCGUUAGAAUUCUCCCUAGAGCUGUAUCAUGUAUUUUCUUUCAAAUUAACUUUGCUUGCAAUUAAGCUUAGGGAACCAGCAACAAAAGCAGACUUGGCCCGAGGUCGUUCACUGCGAAAAUGGAUUAGAGAACCUUCUUCCCCAAUUUAAGGGGAAAGAUUCCUGCGGCCAGCGCUUUGGGGGAAGUGCCCCGACCGCAGAGGCGACGACAGGGGAGCAGGAAGCUGCUCACGGGAGUCGGCGUUGGCGGCAGCGGUGGCCUUCCUCAUCUGGGCGAUGUGGGCUCCGAGAAGAGUCAGGAUAACGUCCUCGAAAUGACUUCUGUAUGGUUUGAGCCCAACUACACACCCAUGACUUGGAGCUGCCCUGUGGAGUUAUGGUUUACCAAACACAUUCAUGAACAUAAUCUCAUUUACUAAGAACUUUGUGAGAAUUUUCUUUUACUAAAAUGUUUUCUUAUUACAAAA